UGAGUUAGUUAACCUUCGGUAGUUCAAAUACCGAUAUAAAAAAUAUGUCUUCAAUCCCUUUUCGUUUUGAAAACCUCUUUAAUCAAACUAACGGAUAUUCCGAAUGAAAGUCAUUUGGAAACCUUCGUACAUUUUCGAUAAUUACUGCGCAUGUCCUCCGUACACUUCCGAUUCACAUGACAUUCGCUGUCAUUACACAAUCACCCCCACACUAAAUGUGGUUGAGCCUGUCAAGGCAUGUGUAAAUAAUACAAAAGCUGAAAAGGAAACUGUUCCUGAAAACUUUCAAAGUAAAUAUUAAAUUGAAAGUGCUUAGACGAUAUUUACGAACUUGAAACAUAUCUCCAGUAUCUUAUGAAACCGCUAAGAGAUGACGCAAAAACAGAGAAUAGCAAUAUACGUGCUUUGGCUGGCAUUGGGAGCGAUGCAAUCAGCUGAUGGACAAUCGAUUUCGAAUACGGUGCAUCGCACGCAAGCCGCCACGGAGCGCAUUAAUGAUCUCUCCUGCUACGAGUGCGACACGAUGGACCACGGAGAAGCGUGUGUGGAUGUCUCGACGCGCAAUCUGACCAAUUUCAUACGCAAGUGCAAGGGUGAGGAGUUUAUUUGUAUGGUGAAGCGCUUCUCAUACACCACCAGUACGGAGAAUUCCACCAGUGCUCCGAAAAUGUGGUCAUUGGAUCGACGCUGUGCCGUUAACUGUGAGGCCGGCUGCAUUGUGAUCGGCGAGCGAACGAAGCUGUACGCUUGCACUUCCUGCUGCGAGAAGUCGCUCUGCAAUACGGGGCGUGGCCGGGCGGUGAGCACUUUUCAGCGCGUGGAGACAGGUAUUGGCACAUGUUGGUGCGCCGCCAUGGUGGCAACACUGUUGCAGCGACUUUUCAUAAAGAGUAAUCAGCUGCUGUUGGAGAUGUGAAGAUUUUUGAGUAUGAAAAAAAUCUUCAGCAGUUGGAAUAUUAAUAUUAAAUGCUCAAAAGCAACUCUCCUAUAAGCGCCAAAACACACAAAAACAAAAACUCAAAUAUUUAAACAAAUGUAUAUUCAUAAUUAAGUAGUUGAAAUUAACUUUUUUCCUGUUCCAAUAAGCCGCCAAAUAAUAAUUUUGUGAUACCAAAAAGGAAAAUUAAUAAAACUUA